AUGUUAACAAUAAAAAUUCUAGUUUUUCUAUUUAUUUAUAUUAAAUUUUCAUUUGAAACUAAUACUAUUGUAUUUACACGUGGUGAAUAUGGUUAUUUUUGUAUAAAAAUUCCAUCGAUCUUAACAACAUCUCAAGGUACUUUAUUAGCAUUUGGUGAAGCACGAUUAUAUAGUUGUAGUGAUUAUACUCAAACAGAUAUUGUUUAUAAACGAAGUUUAGAUAAUGGACAAACAUGGUCAAAUUUAAAAAUAUUAUAUCGUGGAAAUUCUUCAAAUGAUAAUUAUAAUCGAGUAGGAAAUAUAGCACCCGUACAAUUAAAAUAUAAUCAACGAAUAUUAAUACCAUUUUGUAAAAAUAAUCUUAUUAUAAUGCAAACAUAUUCUGAUGAUGAUGGUUUAACAUUUUCUCAACCACAAAUUAUUCCUAAUGUAACAAAAUCUCAUUGGAAAUGGGUUGGUUUAGGUCCACCUUCUGGUCUUUUAUUACAAUCAAAUCGUAUAUUAAUUCCUGCUUAUUAUUCUAUACAUGAAAAUGAUAAUGGUUUAUUGUCGACUGGUUAUGUUAUGUUAAAUGAUUUUAAUGGUCAAUUAGAUAAAUGGUAUUUAGGAGGAGAAUUUCAUCGUGAAGCUUAUUUUCCAAAUGAAUGUCAAGCUAUUGAAUUAUUACCAAAUGUCAAUUCAAUAUUUAUAAAUUCACGUUCAUUAGGUACAAAACGAGUUGGUGCUUAUAGUAAUAAUGGUGGAAUAACAUUUAAUAAAGUUAUUGUAUUAAAUACACUUGUACAACCAUUAACUGGAUGUCAAGGUUCAACAAUAUAUCACAAUAAUACUCGUCAAAUAUUUUAUACAGGUUUAGCUGAAACAUCAAUUGUUCGAAGUCAUCUUUCAUUAUAUAUAAGUAAAGAUAAUGGUGAAAAUUGGACAUAUAUAAAAACAAUUUAUCAAGGUUCAUCAUCUUAUUCAUCAUUGACAAUAAUGAAUGAUGAAUCAAUUGGUUUAUUAUAUGAAUGGGCAAAUAAAACUGAUGUUAUAUUUCAACCUGAUUAUAUGACAUUUACUGUAGUAUAUAAUCAAACUAAAAAGUAA